AUGAAGUCCUCCGUUGCUACCAUGGUGCUCGCUCUCUCGAGCUCUGCCAUAGCUGCACCAUUCAGCCUCAAUGGAACCGAUGUCUAUUUAACUUCCUCGGCUCGUCAAACUCCUUCAAUGACCGCAUCGAGCACUCCCCAUGCGGCUACGUCCUCGUCAGUCCCGACUGAUCCUUUACUUCCCAAUCCUUUGGCUACUUCGAGCAUUGGCCGUCCAAGCGGAUCAGGCUCUGAGCCAGUUUCUUUCUUGUCUAAGCGUAGCGGCCUGCCUUCCAUUCCAACAUAUCUGCCUUCAUUGGUCUCGGACGCGGAGGCGGCUCUUGGAGCACUUGCUUCCGCGGGGGUCCAGAAACGUGACGGAUCUUUGUCAAUUCCAACGGAUCUCCCUUCACUGGUCUCUGACGUUGAGUCCGCUGUUGCAGCUCUUGUCUCCGAUAGUGCUCAGAAGCGCGAUGAAUCCCUGGCUCUUCCGACAGAUGCUCUUGUUUCAGAUGUUGAAUCUGUAGCCGCUGCCAUUGCUUCUAGUGUCGCUCAGAAGCACAAGCGUGCUGAUUCUGCUACUCUGCCCACGGACCUGCCCUCUCUGAUCUCUGAUGCCGAGUCCACACUUGGUGCACUCGCAUCCGCUGGUGCGCAGAAGCGUGAUGGAUCCCUGUCUAUUCCUACGGAUUUACCUUCCCUACUGUCUGGUACCGAGUCGAUCGCCAGUGCUCUGGCUUCCAGUGGCGCCCAGAAGCGUGGUUUCACAUCUAAGUCUCGGCCUACUCCUACUGUGGGUGGGAGUGGUAUCCCCUCUGGUAACCCCCAGUUGCGUCCCUAG